AUGGCUCAACCCGCUCAACCCGCUCAACCCGCCCCCCAACCCGAUUUUGUUCGAAUGCAUCACGGGCUCGCCCAAUUCUGCCAAGAAAUUCAGUUCCUUCCUAAUUGGAAUGCCGGCGCUGGCGGUAUUCCCGCAAUGCAAGUCGUGUUCCAACAAAUCAUGGACACUCAAGCUGCCAUGCAAGCAAAUAUAACUGCCAUGCAAGCUGACUUGCAGUUACAUCCUGUCAGGAUGUUCAAUGCAACUGCAUCCGUUACGGCCGACCUCAUAUACCCUCCCCAUGUCCCAGAGGGAGCUCGGCCAUUUCUUCCCCGCACCAAAGAACAGGCAAUACGCUUGUCCGGCGAGGAUGCAGCUCGGUGCUCCGCACUGAUAGGGCUUCCGGCUUUGGCAUCGGAAGCGACUGCCUUACAACAUCGAUGCCAGUUUCUGAAUUACCUGGGCGUACAGAUUGAUACCAAUUAG